AUGGGUAUCGCAGGUCUUUGGCCGCUUCUUGAGCCGACUUGUCAACCGGUCUCGCUAGAAUCUCUAGAGGGAAAGAUUCUGGCUGUUGACGUUUCUAUUUGGAUAUACCAAGCUCAGCUGGGAUAUCCUGGCGAUGUACGAUGUCCACAUCUCGCGUUACUUGUUUCUCGAUUGUGCAAACUUCUAUACUAUAAAAUCCGACCGGUGUUUGUAUUUGAUGGUGAGGACGUUCCGUCGUUCAAGAGGAAAGUCUUGGUAGGUUGGUAUUUUCAGUUUAUUUGUGUGUGUGUGUGUGUAACCACCACUGGUGGCGUAAACGUGGACGGGGUGGGCAAUCAGCCCCUUAUCUAUGUCCCUUCCCCUAAUCGAGACUCAGGCACGGACGAGUGCAGUCGCCGAAAGUUUCUUUCGAGAGAACAUUAA